CCAUGAAUUCCAUCCUAAGCGAGCGAGCGAGCUAGCGAAGUUCCUCUCCCCUCACACCCAAAAAGCAGAAGAAAAGAAUUAAAAGGAAGCAAAGAAAAGCUUUAAAAGAGACUAUCUAUUGAAAAUAAAAAAUAAAAAAUCAUUUGUGCAAAAUUCUCUUUAAGUGACUGAUUCCCACUGUUAGAUAGCCACAAGAAAAGAAAAGAAAAGAAAAGAAAAGAAAAGAAAAAAAAGACCCUUCUCUUUCACCUUUCUCUACCUCUUUCUCAUAUAUUGAUCUCCAUCAAUUUCUACAAAGCUCUCCCUUCUUCUUCUCCCUCUCAAAUAUGAAAGACUCGUAGAGAGAGAGAGAGAGAGAGAGUGACAAAAUCACACACAAAGUACUAGCCAUGAAGAACACCAUAAGGUGUUGUAUCUCUUGCAUUCUACCAUGUGGAGCUCUUGAUGUAAUUCGAAUAGUACACUCUAAUGGUCGGGUAGAAGAGAUCAGUGGCACAAUCCGUGCAAGUGAGAUCAUGAAAGCAUAUCCAAAACAUAUCUUGAAAAAGCCCUCUUCACCUUCUGAUGAUGGGUUUGUUCCAAAGAUUGUUAUAGUCCCACCAGAUGCAGAGCUACAACGUGGAAAAAUUUAUUUCUUGAUGCCAGCUCCACCAACACAAGAAACCAAGAGUUCUCGAUCAUCAAAAGGUUCAGGUAUGAGAAAGAAAAGAAGAGAGAUUAGUAGUAACAACAGAAGUACUGAAAGCAACAACUCAAGCCAUAUCGUUACCAACUCCAUUUCAUUGACAACGAACCUUCUCAUUUCUGAUCAGUAUUUGAGUGAGAUUCUAUCAGAGAAGCUAUCAACACAGAGAGAUCGAAGAAGAGGCCGUGCUGGUGUGUGGAGACCUCAUUUAGAAAGUAUAACAGAGACGCCACAUGAUGCAUAAAAGAGGGUUGAAAUGUCAAGUUAUAUUGAGUUCUCGUUUACUUUUUAGAGGUUCUUUUGAUUUUCAUUAGGGUUCAUCAAGAACUCCCUUCUUAUUCAAAUUUUAUCUUCUUUCAA